CAGCCAAAUAACGGAAGCGGAUAGAAUCGGAAGCGAACGCACAAUUAAAUUUCCGCACAUCCGUCACGCCCCAAACGCCCACACUCACAACAAAAUCCCAAGUAAUCAGUGCAGAAUGUAAUGAAAAAGUGUUACAUAGAAAUAAAGAAAGCCAAAUUAAGAGCGCUGCAAAAGCUCAUUAAAGCAAUUUUUUGAGUUAAAGAUUUAUGCGAAAUAUUUUCCCCCUUUUUUUUGUAGUGUAUGCAUGUAGUGGGAGUAUAGUGUGCAGUGUUGUUAUGCGUAAGAAGCUUUAAAUUCACCUUUCUCUAAUCAGUCAGCGAGCUUUUGAAAGAAAAUCUAACUUCCAGCGUUUUCUCUUAAAAAUAACGUUAAUCUUGAUUUAUUUGCCUUCGCUUGAAGCAGCAAAAUCAAAUAAUUUUGUACAAAGUAAUCUAAAUUUGAAAUUGUGCGGUUAUUAAGCCCACAGCCGCGUUUAACGAAUAAUUUAUAAAACUUCAAAAACAUGAGCUUACUUAAGCUUAGCCGAGAAGCCUGCAGCUUAAAGAGUUAAAUCAAAUAAUAACAGUAGCUCCUGACUGAUGCUUGCCCCAACAACUUUUUGUGUAGGCAUUUGUCGAGCAUCUGCAGUUGCCGUCGUCCGCCGUAUUCAUAAUGGCCGAUUUGGAGCGCAUAAGACUGGUUAUACUGGGCGGUGCUGGUGUGAGCACAAGUUCCAUCAUCAAACGUUUCCUCUUCAAAAUCUAUACGGACAAAUAUCGUGCCACGGUUGAGGAUCUCUUUAAUCGGGAAUAUGAUUUGGGCGGCGUCACACUGAAGGUUGACAUUUUAGACACUUCCGGCGAUGUGCAAUUUCCCGCUAUGCGCCGCCUGUCCAUUGCCACCGCCCAUGCUUUCAUGCUGGUCUAUGCGUCCACGUCUGCGUCGAGUUUUCAAUGUGUCAAACAGUGUUUUCAGGAGAUACGUGAGCAGCGCGCCGACUAUCAGGAUAUUCCCAUUGUUAUCGCCGGCAAUAAAUCUGAUUUGGCCAAUACACACCGAGAGGUGCGACUGGAAGAAGUCACGGACUGGGUCUACUGUGAGUUGCCGCGACUAAGAGCGAAAGUGUUGGAGUGCUCCGCCAAGGAGGAUCAAAACGUGACUGACCUCUUCAAAACGUUGCUGUCACUAUCGCGAUUUCUGCCCGUCGGGAGCAAUAAUGACGGCACGAGUGGACUCAAGCGACGCUCUUCGGCAUAUGUUAGCGCAUCGUCAAGUAGAAACAAGAAUCGCAAUGUCAGUCCUUUCGUUUCCGGUGAUAAAAAGUCCAGCUUGGUCGAAACUGUUAUUCCAACCACCAGCAGCGCCAAUGCCAAGCCAAAGCCCAGAUCUAGGUCACUCAUACGCCGUGCAUCACGCAAAACAAAACAGCAAAUCAACAACGCGUCCGAUGACUGUAAUUUGCAAUAACGCAGCGGAAGGAGGCAAGCGUGAAAGAUUAAUUGGGCGAAAAUUCUAUGAAGAGCGCUAGCGAAUAUAUAUAAUUAUAUAAUAAAUAAUAAAUCACAGAAGCUAACGGACAACAACAUCAACAAAAACAAGCAACAAUAAGCAGCAAAAAAAAAGGAGAAACUCAAAGUCACAAUUGUCUACAGAGGAAUGGGCGAAUAGCUUAUUUUUGGUCAAACGUCGCAUACCUCGCAUAUAGAUCCUUGAUAACUCACACGCUUGAUAACGGUAAUUUACAGAGCACCGGAGGAAGUACACACGAAAACGAAGAAUACGCAGUACUUAAAUAAAAUCCUCAGAAAUAAUCGUGGGUUUUUAAAAGAUAGCCGGUGUGCUAGUCGUAUCUACACUCAUCACUGCAAUCCUAAUCAACAUGGUAACGGCCGGCCCAACUGAAAGGUGUCGUCUUUUCACCGGCUUUGCUGCAGAUUAGUUUUCUUGAAAGUUCCAAAGCAGCAGAUGAAGCUCCGAAGUUUCGAAUGGUCGGGAUGACCGGACCUGUACAUGUUAAUGAUAAAGCGUAUUUCGAUUCCGAAGCAGAGCUGAAGAAAUUCGCCUGCGCGUCUAAUACUGUACAAACUGAAAGCGUGGGUUGAAAUAGAAACUAAGGUUAUAAUCAGAAACGUACUAC